AUGUCGGCGCUCAGCUGGGGCCGCGGGGCGGCGGGGCUCGGGCGGGUCCUGGUGCCCGCCGGCCGCCCCGGGCUCGUGGCCGACGCAGGGGCAGGGGCCCUUGGUGGCAUCUGGGGCCGCAGAAGGAGCUCGUCUGCCAGCCCUUGUGAGCGAGACCGCCGGAAGGACUGGGGCCACGCGGAGCUGCUGGAAGUGCUGGAGGCACGGGUGCGGCAGCUGCAGGCUGAGUCUGUGUCAGAGGUGACGGUGAAGAGGGUGGAUGUGACUCGGAUCCCAGAGGGCAGUGGUGGCAGCUUCCAGUCAUCCAGGAAGGCCAAGGCAGGGGCUGCCCCGGAGCUCCGUGGCCGCUGGGCAGAGAAACUGGACAAAGAGAAGUGGAUUAUGCAGAAGCGCAAGCAGCAGCUGGAGGUGAAGCUGAAGGCCCACAUGCAGAAGUUGCCCCGGGAGAGGCAGCUGAGGCCGCUGCGUGUGGAGCCGCGGCUACAGAACGGGCAGCUGGCCGGCUGCCUGCAGCGGUGGGCGCGAGGGAGUCCUGACAGCCCUUGGGAGAAGCAGCUGGCUCAGGCCCUACAGGAGACCCCAAGGAAGCUGAGCCGUGAAGAGGCACAGGCCCUGGCCAAUAGGGAGGCCAAGGCACAGCUCUCGGGCCAGCAGCAGAAGCUCCUGGCCUUCUUGAAGUGCUGCCUGCUCACAGACCAUGUGCCCCUUGCCCACCACGUGCUAGUCACCCAGCAUGGCAAUUUCCGGCGGCGGCGGCAGCUCACGCUCGCCAUGUACAAUACUGUCAUGCUUGGCUGGGCCCGCAAGGGCUCCUUCAAGGAAUUGGUCUAUGUGUUCUUCAUGGUGAAGGAUGCUGGCCUCACCCCCGAUCUGCUGUCCUACGCAGCUGCUCUCCAGUGCAUGGGGCGGCUGGACCAGGAUGCCGAAACCAUCAAAAGGUGUCUGGAGCAGAUGGCCCGGGACCGGCUGCAGCUGCAGAAGCUCUUCUCGGCCGUGCCCAUGUCCAGGGAUGAGCAGGCUGCACUCCUGACAGCUGUGCGGAAGGUCAAGCCUGCCUUCAGCCCACCGCCACGGCCUGCGCCCCAGGUCAACAUUUCGCCGCUGCUCAGGGAUGUCUACGCCCAGGGCAGGCCUGUGUCCUACCCGAAGCUGCACCUGCCCCUGAAGACACUGGAGGACCUCUUCCAGCAGCAGCUGCGCGUGGAGCUGGCCACCACCGUUCAGGUCCAGUCAGUGGACAAGGCCCCGCCACUGACCAGCGAGGUUCUGCAUGCGCGGGAGACUCUGAGGAGCCUGCAGGCCCAGUGGGAGGCGGCGCUGUGCCAGGAGCUGCAGGAGAUCAAAGCCAACCUGGCGCGCACAGCCCACGGAGGACGCCCCACGCUCUACCCGCACCUGUGCCUGCUGAGUGAGCGGCAGAUGGCGCAGAUGCUGCUGCAGGUGCUGCAGGUACUGCCCCCCCAGGGCGAGUCUCUGAUCCACCUGGCGCAUGAGCUGGGCAUGCGGACCUUCAACCGGUAUGUGGUGCAGCGGAAGCAGCGGGAGCACCAGGUGCAGGCGCUGCAGAGGCGCUACUCAGAGUACCUGCGCCUGCUGGCCUGCGACACCCAGGUGGACCCGCCCCGUCUGCCACGCCAGCACUGGGAGAUGCUGGGGGGUCCGGGCGGCGAGCCCCCACCCGAGCAGCCGUGGCCUCUGCCGGUGCUGCUGCAGCUGGGGAAGCAGUUGGCGGAGGUGCUGGUGCGGGCUGUGCACAUGCCGCGUAACCUGGGCGCACCCGCCGGGAAGGGGGCCGGGACCGAGCCGCUCAUCCCGGUGCUCUACCAUGUGUACUCCUUCCGCAGCGUCCGCCAGAUUGGCAUCUUGAAGCCACAUCCGGCCUUCUCGCAGCUCCUGGCGGCGGCGGCAGAGCCCACACUGACCUUCGAGGCAGCCGAGGUGCCCAUGCUGUGCCCCCCACUGCCCUGGACCUCACCACACUCGGGGGCCUUCCUGCUGAGCCCCGCCAAGCUGAUGCGGGCUGUGGAGGGCACCAUGCUGCACCAGCAGCGGCUUGAGCACUGCCCGCCCGCCGCGCUGCACGGUGCCUUCGACGCCCUCACCCAGCUGGGCAACUGCGCCUGGCGUGUCAACGGGCGCGUGCUCGACCUGGUGUUAGAGCUAUUCCACGCACACGGCUGCACCCGCCUAGGCGUGCCGCCCCCGGCCUCCGAUGCACCGUGCCCACCUGCCCGCCGUCCUCCACCCGGCACCCCGCCCGCUCGCCUGGCUGAGCUGCGGCGGGAGGUGGCGCGCUGCCUAAAGGCAGCCCGGGAGCUGCGCAGCCUGCGUGCCGACGCUCUCUACCGUCUCUCGCUGGCCCAGCACCUGCGGCACCACGGUGCCUUCUGGCUGCCCCACAACAUGGACUUCCGAGGCCGCACUUACCCCUGCCCACCGCACCUCAGCCACCUGGGCAGUGACCUGGCCCGAGCCCUGCUUGAGUUCGCCCAGGGCUGCCCCCUUGGCCCCCAUGGCCUGGACUGGCUCAAGCUCCACCUGGUUAACCUCACCGGCCUCAAGAAGCGCGAGUCGCUGCAGGCACGUCUGGCUUUUGCAGACCAGGUGCUGGACGAGGUCUUGGACUCAGCUGACCGGCCCAUGACGGGCCGAAAGUGGUGGAUGGAGGCGGACGAGCCUUGGCAGACCCUGGCCUGCUGCAUGGAGCUCGCGAGGGCCCUGCGUUCCCCUGACCCCACCAGCUUUGUCUCCCACUUCCCGGUCCACCAGGAUGGCUCCUGUAACGGCCUGCAGCACUAUGCCGCCCUGGGCCGAGACAGCGUGGGCGCCGCCUCUGUCAACCUGACACCUUCAGACCUGCCUCAGGAUGUAUACAGUGGGGUAGCUGCACAGGUGGAGGUGUUCCGCAGGCAGGAUGCGGAGCAGGGCGUCCGUGUGGCCCAGGUGCUCGAGGGCUUCGUGAGCCGCAAGGUGGUGAAGCAGACAGUCAUGACUGUGGUGUACGGGGUCACCCGCUACGGUGGACGCCUGCAGAUUGAGAAGCGCCUCCGCGAGCUGCCUGACUUCCCCCAGGAGUUCGUGUGGGAGGCUUCCCACUACCUGGUGCGGCAAGUCUUCAACAGCCUCCAGGAGAUGUUCUCCGCGACCCGAGCCAUCCAGCACUGGCUGACAGAAAGUGCCCGCCUCAUCUCCCACACGGGCUCGGCCGUGGAGUGGGUCACACCCCUGGGCAUUCCCAUCAUCCAGCCCUACCACCGCAUCUCCAAGUUCCUGAUCAAGGGUGGGAUCCAGAGUAUGACCUUCAACCACAGCUCCGACAGCAGCCAGCGGCCCAACACACUGAAGCAGAAGAAUGGCUUCCCACCCAACUUCAUCCACUCCCUGGAUUCCUCCCACAUGAUGUUAACAGCCCUGCACUGCUACAGGAAGGGCCUGACCUUCGUCUCUGUCCACGACUGCUUCUGGACCCAUGCAGCUGAUGUCCCUGUCAUGAACCAGGUGUGCCGCGAGCAGUUCGUCAGGCUGCACAGCCAGCCCAUCCUACGCGACCUGUCCCGGUUCCUGGUGAAGCGGUUCUGCUCUGCCCCAAGGUCUCAGAAUUUGUCCAAGAACGCCCAGACUCGCAAGCUGUUCGAGACACUGCUGGCUUUGCCGGAGACAGGAGACUUCGACCUGGAGCAGGUGAAGCAGUCCACGUACUUCUUCAGCUGACUCCGGCCCUAUGGGCGCCUGUCCUCGCGGGCCACAGCCUGCCGUACCAUAGUGUAAAUAAACCUCGUCACCACCCACGGGAACCUCGCCUGGAGGAGCAGCUCUGGCGACGCGAGCACUCACACCACGCGGCGCCAAUGCUCUCGUUUAUU